GUCACUCUGUCUUCGCCUCAAAUUCUCGUCUUUUCCUUCACACUUGUUAUGCUACCAUCUCCCAUUCCAUUGCUUCACUGUAGUGUAUUCGCCCCCAAGAUUGGCUUGCCAUUUCUUGGUAUAUACUUCAGUAUUGUAGGGUAGCCUUGGUUGGAAUCUCUGACCAAGUCCCUAUCUACCUACUUACUGUCACCACUUUCACCGGCUUCGUUCUCUGGACCGUGGUUCGUUGGUGUUUCAAAAAAAUCCCCUCGCUCUGGACGAGAAUUCUUUCCACUGCGGCGCAUACCAACUGAAUUGCCCAUCAUGGACGCUGUUCUUCGCCAGUCCAAGGCUAUGUGCCCUUUCAUGAAGAAGGCUACUCCCGCCACUCUGCGCGCUCUUUCAACCUCCACUCGGCCUCAGGUUUCCCAAUGCGGCGGUACCAUCUCCAAGCUCCAGCUGCUUGGACAACGAUGCCCCGUCAUGGGCAAGGCUCUUGCUAUCCAGUCGGCUCGUGUCGGCUGUAAGGCGUCAACCCCAGUGACCGGUGCCUGUGCCGUCUCGGGUGUCCGUACGUUGUCCGGACACUCUAAGGCUAGGAUCCACACAAGCCGCCACAAGGAGGCCCGCGCCAUUGACACUCCUAUGUUUACGCCUCGUGAGAGCGUCCAAUUCCCUCCACCUACUCCAGCCAAUCGCAAGGAAAAUGUGGCUGCUGCGCCCACUACGAUGCCGAAUGGUGUGAACGCCAAGUUCGACUAUGCCGGCUUUUAUGAAGCAGAGCUCGAAAAAAAGCACAAGGAUAAGUCGUAUCGUUACUUCAACAACAUCAACCGGCUUGCCAAAGAAUUUCCCCAGGCUCAUGGCGCCAAAAAGGAGGAGCGAGUCACUGUGUGGUGCUCCAAUGAUUAUCUCGGCAUGGGUAGAAACCCGCAUGUACUCAAGACGAUGCACGAGACCCUCGACGAGUAUGGCUCUGGCGCUGGAGGUACUCGAAACAUUUCCGGACACAACAAGCAUGCAAUUGAGCUUGAAGAAACCAUCGCCAAGCUUCAUGCCAAGGAGGCUGCGCUUGUGUUCAGCUCAUGCUACGUUGCGAACGAUGCUACCCUAGCGACCCUCGGCAGCAAAAUGCCUGACUGCGUGAUUCUCUCUGACAGUUUGAACCAUGCCUCGAUGAUCCAGGGCAUUCGCCACUCGGGUACGAGAAAGAUUGUUUUCAAGCAUAAUGAUCUGGAAGAUCUCGAAUCUAAGUUGGCUACACUACCUCUACAUGUGCCCAAGAUUAUCGCUUUCGAGUCAGUCUACAGCAUGUGUGGUUCUAUUGGACCAAUAGAAGAGAUUUGUGACCUUGCUGAAAAGUAUGGCGCAAUCACCUUUUUAGAUGAAGUUCAUGCCGUCGGCAUGUACGGCCCACACGGCGCAGGUGUCGCUGAGCAUCUUGAUUUCGAAGCUCAUCAACAGGGUCGGCCUCGUGGGACUAUCAUGGACCGAGUUGACAUCAUUACCGGCACUCUUGGAAAGGCUUAUGGGUGCGUGGGUGGCUACAUUGCUGGGAGUGCUAAGCUUGUCGACACCAUUCGAUCCCUUGCGCCUGGGUUUAUCUUCACAACAUCCUUGCCUCCGGCCACUAUGGCUGGGGCAAGGGCAGCCAUUGAAUACCAGAUGGAGUAUAAUGGAGAUCGAAGGCUUCAGCAGCUUCACACCCGAGCUGUCAAGGAAGCAUUGGAUGCACGUGAUAUUCCAGUUAUUCCAAACCCAUCGCAUAUUAUUCCCAUUCUAGUAGGGAAUGCUGAGCUUGCCAAGCAAGCCUCAGAUAUGUUGCUGAAUAAUUACCAGAUUUAUGUGCAGUCGAUCAAUUACCCAACUGUACCUGUUGGGCAGGAACGUCUUCGAAUCACACCAACGCCCGGCCAUACCAAGGAGUACCGUGACCAAUUGGUUGAUGUUAUUGACGAGAUCUGGACGAAGCUAAACAUCAAGCGUACUUCCGAUUGGGCGGCCGAUGGCGGGUUCAUCGGCGUUGGCGAUGUAGACGCUCAACCCAGCCAUCCCCUCUGGACCGAUGAACAACUAGAUAUCGAUCAUCAAAUCGCUAAGGAAAUCAAGGCUUCAAAGCCUGUCAACGGCUUUAUGGAAACCUUGCUCGAACGUGAAUCCCGCAAUGCAUCUCGAUCGGCGACAGCUACUGCCUAAAAGCAUCUCUUCUCAUAAGAGGAGCAUACAUUAGUUAUAGGAGAGCUCAGCCGACCGAAUCACGUUCUUUCGAGCGUUAGCGAACAAACGAACAACAUGUCACGCUUAGUGUGUUUCGAUCAAUCUACUUCUUCAUCACCCUUUUGGACAUAAGAGACCUCGUUGUCUAUUUUAAGGCACAAUAUCGUGCAUAUAUAACCUGUCGCUAUGACAAUAUUAUAUGAAUGCAAUCAGCACCAUCUCGUUGGCUGGAUGGAGUAUGCUCAUUUGCCAUCAA